AGCUGCCAGCACGUAGAGUGCAGUUGGAGUGUUGAACAGUUUGGAUAAAUCACCACAAGUCAAGGACACUGAGCUGGAAUAAAAUCCAUCAAGUAUCAAUUUAUUUCGGAAACUUUUUAUUAUUGCGGUUAUGGAAAGCACUCUUUUGCCUGGAAUCAAAGAAUUUCAAUCUUGGGGACAUUGAAAGGGAGGGAACUUUGAUCCUGGUCCCAGCCUCCACCUGUCUGGAUACUUGACCUCUGGGAUAAACAGCUGAGAUGUCUGGGAAAGAGGAGGAGCCAUCAGAGUUCCUGAAGACCGUAAAGUCAGCCACCAUCGAUGAAGUGAUUGAGGGGUGUAUCAGAGAAAUUGAUGACCGCGGAAAGCUGAAGGACGCAACCCUCCCACACAUGUUCUUGUUGAUGCAUCAAUGGUAUCUGCCGUCGGCAGACCUGGUGGGAAAGCUCCUCAAAUUAUAUCGUGAUGCCUGCAGUUCAGAUUCAAAGAUUCUUCAACUUAAAAUAUGUCAGCUGGUCAGUUUCUGGAUUUCUGAGUUCCCAGCGGAGUUUAACCUGGACAGUGGCCUGGCAGAGCAGAUGAAGGAGCUCCAGGAUACAGCAAGCCGGGAGGGACACCGGAGACACAGCCAAUUGGUGGACAUCUCCCAGGUACCUUCAUUUGAGUGGAAGAGGCAGAUCACACAACGCAACCACGUGACACAGAAGAAGCGGAAAAUGUCCCUUUUUUUUGACCAUCUGGGACCUUUGGAGUUGGCUGAACACUUGACCUAUCUGGAAUACAAAUCAUUCUGUCGGAUCCUGUUCCAGGAUUAUCACAGUUUUGCGAAGCACGGCUGUACCAAGGACAACCCGAUCCUGGAGAGGUUCAUCAGUCUCUUCAACAGUGUCUCCCAGUGGGUGCAAAUGAUGGUUCUGAGCAUGCACACACCACAGCAGAGAGCAGAGGUCAUCACCAAAUUUGUCCACAUGGCCCAGAGACUCCUUCAACUGCAGAAUUACAACACGUUGAUGGCGGUCAUCGGUGGUUUGAGUCACAGUGCGAUCUCGCGUCUGAAGGAGACGUACCACUACAUCAGUGCUGAUGUCAUAAAGAUUUCAGAUGAGCUGACAGAGCUGGUCACCACCUGUGGCAAUUAUGGAAAUUACCGGAAGCAUUUUGCAGAAGGGUCUGGUUUCAAAUUUCCCAUCCUUGGCGUCCAUCUGAAGGACCUGCUGGCAGUGCACCUGGCACUCCCUGACUGGUGCGAGGAGGGUCGGAUCAACGUGGUCAAGAUGCAGCAGCUCUACACCAUUCUGAAUGAGCUGAGCCAGGUGCAGGCCACUGCUCCACCCAUCGAGCCCAACAAGGACCUUGUCAACCUUCUGACGGUCUCCCUUGAUCAGUACCACACAGAUGACGAGAUCUACAAACUUUCUCUGUUAAGGGAACCUCGCACUUCAAAGUCCACACCAUCCAGUCCGACUCCACCCAAACCCUCAGUGAUUGAUGAAUGGGCAUCAGCCGUCAAACCAAAAACUGACCCCGACUUAAUUAACAAGCACAUCUACAAGAUGGUUGAGUCUGUCUUCAGGAACUUUGAUGUUGACCAAGAUGGCUACAUCUCACAGAAAGAGUUUAACAUCAUAUCCUCCAACUUCCCCUAUCUGGACAGGUUCAGUGUUCUGGACGAGAACAAAGAUGGUCAGAUCAGCAGAGAUGAGAUGAUAACGUACUUCAAGCAGGCAAACUCACUUCUCAACUGCAAGAUGGGAUUCAUUCAUAACUUCAUGGAGACCACUUACCUGAAGCCCACCUUCUGUGAUCACUGCAAGAGCUUUAUCUGGGGUUUAUACAAACAAGGCUACAAGUGUAAAGCCUGUGGAAUCAGCUGUCACAAACAGUGCAAGAACCUGCUGGUGAAGGAGUGUCGGAAACGCACCAAGAGUAUUAGCUUGGACAGUCCGACUCCUGCGCUCAGGAGAUCUUUCAGCGUUCCUGCCACACACUCAACUCCUGACUCUGAAGUGCUGAAAGAAGAGGUUGAGAGUCUGGAAGAUGAUGUGCAGGACAUCCAUCUCUGAACAACAUCCGAUAUCUGGCUCAAAACAUCGGCCCAGCUGCAAAGUGUGACACCGUUGAAUAGGAUUAGUGGCCGUUCCUCAUGUUUGACAUAGACCUGAAUGGCCAUGUGGCCUGCUUCUGUCUUUAUAGGUAUAACCUGCAGGAACCUUCUGUAUUCCACCAUUCAAUAUGUCUCCAAUGGCCUUUACUUUCUUGAGCAGUCACCAACCAUUUAAAUCCUGUUGAUAUUGACUCACCUCAAUGGCGAUAGCCAGCGGUUGCCUGAUCUAUGAUGGUUUGAACCAAACAUGAUGGAAACUGCAGGAGGGUGGGUAUAGGGUUAACUGGACUUGAAACAAACCUCCCUUUACCAUUGCUAUUUAUUCUAUGUACUCUCCUACAGAUUGCUGAUCUAUUUUGGAAGCUUGUCUUCACAUUUGUAUAACAUCCAAAUAAAAUGGCAGCCGUUACCAAGGUGACAGGCUUUGUUCUGCAGGC